AUGCUGGAUUAUUUGAUAACCCCCGAAGAGUUACAGUCCUUAAAGUUCUAUCGCAAACGACGUUCGAUCCCGAAUAAAGAACAUCCCGGCGAUACGAAGAAAGACUCGAAGUACACCGCACCUUCAAGACGUGACGAUGAGCUUAAGGCAUCGAUAAGGCUUAGUGGCAGGGUCUUUGUCGUGGGAUCCAUUGUUCUCACAAUUGUUGAUAGACUUCGACUUAGGCUUCAUCGCUUAAGCAAACCUCGUUUUUGGAGCGGGCUAGGUGUAAGGAUCCCAUUGUCAUUAUCAAUAUUGCUACUUCUGCAUCGGUUUCUGCAUCAAGUCGUAGUUCGCCUUCAGGGAAAGCUGCGGCAGUCUCCGGGCGAGCCUUCACCCCAUAUUCUACGUUCUCUCAGAAAUACCUUACUUUCGCCAAUAACGCCAUCCACCGCGGCUGCCCUUUCCGGAGCGGCAUUAAUUUCUAUUCCAUCCAAGAAUGCGAGAUUGACGAUUUCAAUUUAUGUAUUUACAAAAACCGUGGAGUACCUAUCAAACGCGCUUCUUGUUUCGGACCGGGCGCCUUGGUGGUUUGGAAGCUGGACUCUCUUCCCAUUUGCCCUUGCCCAGCUGUUCCGGGGCCUCAUCGACGGAGAUGAGAGUAUCCCCUUUAUUUAUCGAAAGGCCUUGAUGAGUUUCCCUACGUCGUAUAUAGAUCACGUUCAAGGCCACGCAAUGGUCCCCCGGAUGGCUGACGUUGCUCGCCUUCAGUUCCCGACUUUCCAAUCAACAGUUGUGUUCCCUCGAAAGGAACUAGCGAGCGAUGGGAUGAAAGCCGUGUUCCGGGAAGCCCACCCCGCGAUCCGCCAUCUUUCAUGUGCCAUAUCGCAUCCAAAAUCAGUCUCCUGCGCCGGGGCAUGGGCUUUAUACUCUUUACGUCAGUUCCAGAAGAAUGCUAGAGCGUUUUCUGUUUUUUACUCUAUCUUGUUUUUGUCCAAUUUUAGGUCCUUUCGGGGAUCGAUAUUGACAGCUAUCUCUGGGCUCAUAUACAAGACGAUUCGGACUUCAAGUUUUACGACAUUUGCAGUAGCUACGUCUUGGUCCGCGCUUUGUCUUUGCCAGAGGGUGCUCCCAAGAAGGCUUCUUGGACCUCAGAUCUUUUAUGUCUCAGGUUUCCUUGGUGGAUUAACGGCUUUGGUUGACCGUACGCAAAGUCACAUUUUGUUCCUCGACGCAACUCGAAGCGCUCUUCUAUCAUGGUGUAGGACAAAGAGGCGGCCUGGAUAUUUACGGAGAAUACCGUCACCGGAAAUUCUUCUUUUUAUGGUGUCAAUUGCAACCCUCAACAUCCUAUAUGACCUCCAGCCGAAAUCGAUUACCAGUAAAGGGGCGAAGGAAUUAAUUGAGAUACUAAGGGGUCCACGCCGGCCAGCGGAGGGGGCUUCGAGGGUGUCACCAGCCCGUCAACCUUGUGCAAUAGCCAUAAACGAAAGGGAAUUGAAACCGGCUUAA